AUGAAGCUAUUUGAAGGCUGUUAUCUUAUCGCCAGCCUCAUAUCAACCGCCGCCCAUGUUGCCGCAUUGGACAGCCAGGCAAGCCUCACUCCAGACUGCGCACACCCGCCCUAUACGGUGCACCUCCUUUCUCUCGAACCACUUGUGAUUUACAUCGACAAUUUCCUCACCCCUCCCGAGCGCGAGCACCUCCUUCAAACAAGCGCCUCAGCCUUCACCGACUCCCAGACCGCUGACCAGGACGGUACCCAAUCCCUGCGUAACACCCGACGCUCUAAAUCUGCUACUGCUUAUCGCGACGCAGUAACACGAUGUAUUGAAGAACGCGCUCUGCUCUUCCAGGGGUAUGACAUACCUCACUCCCACCUCGAGCCGUUGCAAUUGGUGCGAUACCAUGCCAACGAAACUUAUGAUCUUCAUACGGACUGGUUCACGGCGCCAGCCCAGACGACCCGCUCGCACGGUGGGAAUCGCCUGACUUCGUUCUUCGCAUAUGUGAAAGCAAGUGCAGACAUCUCUGGCGGCGGCACGACGUUCCCCCUCCUAGACGCUCCAAAGGACGAACGCUGGUGUGAAUAUAUCGAUUGUGACACACCGUUUGAUGAAGGUGUGACAUUCCUUCCCAUACCGGGAAAUGCGGUCUUUUGGGUGAAUCUAGUUGCUGGAAGAGGGGACCAGAGAGUCAUCCACUCGGGGAGUGUUGUGACCUCUGGGGAGAAGGUUGGCUUGAAUAUUUGGACAAGAGAGGGACCAUUGAGUUCCAGAUUUCGAGGAGACAUCAGUGACGAAGAUAUUGAUGAAGAUGAAGAGGAGUUAUAG